CAUUUACCAAAAGAAAAUGCAUAUACUUCAAUGUAUGUAUGUUAGAGAUGGUGGUCACGUGAUCAUAAUGCAGAAUUCUAUACCCAUGUACAUAAAGUUUCAUUGUUCCUAUCUUUUUAAUAGAGUUUUCACAAGGAGCCGUAUUCCAUUCCAAGAUUCUCAUCCUACUCUAAAAUUCUCUUUCUUGUACAUCCACAGCUAGAUCUCAUUUACCUUCACUUCCACAACAUGGAAUCUCUUCUCUCCCAAUUUACCAUCCUCUCAAACCAAGCCUUGCAAGACAAAAACUUCGAUCCUUCCACUGUUGAAGACCUUAUGAAACUGUUCGAGAUCGAAGCCUACAAGUCCUGGGCUGCUAUGGAACUCCAACACCAAAAUGAAGUGAAAGAAGCCGAGGUUGCGAUGCAACAAGCCGAGGACUACCUGGAUUCGGUCAUGGAAAGUGCCAUGGACGAGUUUAGACGCUUCGAAGAGGAGAUGGAACGUAUGGCGAAAACUGAAUUAAAUAGCUUAGUUGAGACUGCAGAAGGUGCUAGGAGGAUGGGGAAUUUCAUGGAGAAGGCUGCUACAAUUGCCUCCAAAAGGUAUAUUGAGGCUGCAUUGAAUUCGGCUACGGCUUCAAUGAAAUCGGCUUGGAAGGGACUUUCAACUAACAAGGUUCAUCCUUCUUGAAGACCAUUUUAGGUGCAUCCUAAUGGAGACAAUUAAGCCCAUUAUGAUGUGUCUUUAUUUGUACUUGUAUGUGAUUUACAUAUACUUCAAGCUGCAAAGUUCCUAAAACAAUCUUAUAUAUGGGAUACAGAAAAUUUAAGAUGAAGAAAACUUUGUAUCAUGUUAACAGCCAGUGAUCAUUUCCUAAUAAAACUUCUUGAUGUUCCUUGAA